UUUCUUUCAGGUAGUUUCGUCUUUCGGGUCAUAGGGCGGGAUAAUUUCCGCUGUUGUGUCAAAAAGAACAUUAAGCUAAAUAGUGUUGUACCUUUAUUUACAAAACACCAUGAUUCACAGUCUUUUUAUAAUAAAUAACACUGGGGAUGUUUUUAUGGAAAAGCAUUGGAAGAGUGUCAUACUCAAGCCCAUCUGUGACUACUUCUUUGAAGCGCAGACUAAGGCUGGUAAUCCUGAGGACAUCCCACCUAUCAUUCCAACCCCCCACCACUAUCUCAUCAAUAUCUACAGGAACCAGCUCUACUAUGUCGCUGUCGUCACCACUGAAGUUCCACCACUGUUUGUGAUAGAGUUCCUGCACAGAAUUGUGGAUAUCUUUGAGGACUACUUCCAAGGCUGCUCAGAAUCUAUCUUAAAGGAAUACUAUGUGAUAGUUUAUGAGCUUUUAGAUGAAAUGCUGGACAAUGGAUUUCCACUGGCCGUGGAGUCUAACAUCCUUAAAGAACUGAUAAAGCCACCAAAUUUCCUGCGCACAAUUGCUGACACUAUCACUGGAAAGGCAACUGGCGUGGGUGCCACCCUGCCCACUGGUCAGUUGUCCAGUAUACCCUGGCGCCGCACAGGUGUGAAGUACACAAACAACGAGGCAUACUUUGAUGUUAUAGAGGAGGUGGAUGCAAUCAUUGACAAGUCAGGAUCAACUGUUAUUGCAGAGAUACAGGGUUAUAUUGACUGCCUUGUGAAGCUGUCUGGUAUGCCUGACCUGACCUUGACCUUCAUGAACCCCCGUCUCCUUGACGACGUCAGCUUCCACCCCUGUAUACGCUUCAAGAGAUGGGAGACAGAGAAGAUUUUGUCUUUCGUACCUCCAGAUGGGAACUUCAGAUUGCUUUCCUACCACAUUGGUACCAACAACAUGGUGGCCAUACCGGUAGUUCUACGACACAACAUCUUCUACCGGGAGGGCACAGCAGGCAGAUUUGAUGUCACCAUCAGUCAAAAAACAACUAUGGGAAAAACUGUAGAGCACCUUGUUUUGGAAUGCCCCUUCCCAAAGUCUGUACUGAAUGUGACCUUGACCCCAAACCAGGGCAAGUACACAUUUGACCCCGUUACCAAGGUGAUGACCUGGGAGGUGGGUCGUCUAGAGAGUACCCGCUCACCCAAUAUCAAGGGCACUAUCAACCUGCAGACAGGCAGUCCGGUACCCGAGAGCAAUCCCACACUCUCGUUACAAUUCACCAUCAGUUCUCUAGCAAUAUCGGGUCUUAAAGUCAACAGACUGGAUAUGUAUGGAGAGAAAUACAAGCCAUUCAAGGGAGUCAAGUAUGUGACCAAAGCAGGGAAGUUCCAAGUGCGGACAUAAAAAUAAGUGGUGACAUUUUUGUGCAAUAAUUAAUAUUCAUGUGACUUUAUAAAAUUUAAUAAACUAAGGGAGCAUCACUUCCAUUCCAUUCUGGCCAUUGUGUUCGUGGUAUUUUUGUAGACACAAUUGUUACAUAUGUAGUGUGUAUCUGCUCUUAUAGGAUAAAAUACAUAUGAUUUUAGUUUUUUAAUAUAGAGAUUAUACAGGUUAUUGUUAAAUUAAGGUUAAACUUGAUUUUGACUCCAACGUUGAGCUUUUGUUUGUGGUUUUCAUGCAAAACAAAUGAUUUUUUAUCAACAAUUUCUUGCUAAUACAAUAAUAACUUCAUGAUGAUCAAAAUGAUGUCAUAAUACUGUGCUGGUAUGCAGUGUGGAUUUGCAGCCAGUUUAUCCAAUUGGGUAUAACAUAACCAAUGCAAUCUUGAUGGUGGGAUAAUAUUCAUUCCCUUUUAUAAAACUGUUUUAUAACAAAUGUAUUGAUGUUUGUGUUAAUCUGCCCCAGUGUAUGCCAAUGCAUUUGAGUAUGGACAAGGUAACCACUGCAUUAAAGAUUUUUUAUGGGGAAAAUACAAAAAGUAAGACCAUCAGCAUGAGAUUAAUGUUUGUUAAAAACAACAUUUUACAUUAAAGAAAAUAUUUAAAGAUCUGAAAUAUCAAGUGUGGUAUGUCAAAAAAACAUUGAAUAUGUCACGCUUUAACAUGGGUAUAGUGAUUAUUGUUGAUUUACCAUUUGUGAAAAAAAAUAGGAUGAACAUUUGAUCGUUUUUUGGAAAUCAUGAUUGAUUUUAAAAACCUACUGAUGUCAUUUGAAAAAAAGUUGUUCAUGUAUUUCAGUUCAAAGCUGCUGAUAUAAAUGAAUUUAAUAGGUAAUUGUUGAAUUGUUCAAUAGUGAUAUAUCUUAAAACCAAAACAUAGACCUUGAUAUGCUGAUUUGUGUCUAUGUUGGGAUAAUUAACCAUGUCUGUAAUUUUGAGGGUACCAGUUGUCAUUGUUAUUUAUCUAUCCAUUCCACUGGUGUAAAAUCUAGUUUUUCCAAAAGAAGUGAAAUGAAAAAUGUAAGGUUAUUUUUUAUCAGAAAUUGAUUGUGUCAGUUGUGGUAAUUAUAUUGUGUUAUUUUAUUGUAAUUGAUGAUAGUUUAAAUAUUGUUGUCUAAUCGACCGUCAUUGAACAGGACCAAUAGUUAAAAGUAUGUGUGUCUUUGUUAAUUAUAUAAUAAACUAUAAUAUUAUAAACUAUAAUAAAUAU